AUGUACACAGCCGCCUCACCGAACAGAGCGCUAGGCUCUGAUUGCCAUACUUGCAGAUAUCAGGCAUUGCCUUCUCGAGUCGUCUCUUUGAUUAAACUUAUGUUACUUGAGCAAACUGUGGGCGUCUAUCUGUGGUCGCAUGCGGCAUCUCAAAUGGAUUUCUACUACAGUUUGACCUACGCAGUUGUCUACAGUUGUGUUGAGACAUGCCGCAGUGUAUUUCGCUUAAAUGCCGAGGGCAACAAAGAGGAAGAGGUGAUUCAGCGUCCAACCACUUGUGUUCUACCUCAACUCUGUCAAUAUACACUUCAACUCUACUCUCCCUCCAGGUCGGCUCGGGAGCCUCACGGCUGGGACCCAAUUCCCAAUGCUCUGUACGCAGCUUCGUGUAAAUUCGUGGAUCUGGUCGGACUAUUCUUUCAGCCCUUAUGGGCUGAUAGAGUAUAUAGUUCCUAA